CUGCAGGGUCUUUGAAACCGCCCCUGAGAGGUUUCCUAUUGGUCUGGACGAGGGUGAGGUGUCAUGUAUCCCACGGGACCAUGAACGCAGCACAGCGAACUUCUCCAGACAGAUUUUUUAACUUUACAGAAAAAAACGAUAUUUGUGGAGAAAGUUUGAUGAGUGCAGAGGAGGGUUGUGUGUCAGUGGUUUGUUGUGUGUCAGUGAUUUGGUGUGUGUCAGCGUGUUGGUCGUGAGUUCCGUGUCUCACCAUGUCUGAGUGUGAGCAGACAGAGAACCAGGAUCAGUGUGAACAUGGAGGAACCGGACAGUCGAUGAGUCCUCUGGCAGUUUGUACCGUGUGUGAUCGCUUGUUCCGGGACCCGAAGCUGUUGCCGUGUCUACACACCUUCUGCUCGGACUGUAUCGGGCAGCUGGAGCCGUUCUCCCGGUCCCUCUCCUCCCUCAGCCCGGAGCAGGAGCAGGACCGAACCGCCGUGACCGUGCUCUGCCCGGACUGUGACUCCGAGGUGGACCUACCUCCCUCCGGACCCUCCGGGCUGAGCACCGACCACCUGGCGCUGGACGCCGUGUUCCUGGAGACUGUGUUGUCGGACCGACCGCUGAGCUGCGACCUGUGCGGGGAGGGAGGCUCCGAGAGCCGCUGUGAGGUCUGCUGCGUUAACCUGUGCGAGUUCUGCUGCCAGGCCCACAGGCGGCAGAAGCGAACAGCGUCUCACUCUGUUCAGGGUCUGGACGAGCUGAAGUCUCGUGGUCGUCUCUGCCGUCCCGUCCUCUGCCCCCUCCACCCCGGCCAGGAGCUGGGGCUCUUCUGUCAGCCCUGCGACCUGCCUGUCUGCCUGGACUGUGCCGUCACGCUGCAUCGCGACCACCGCUGCUGUCCCACGCAUGAUGUCAUCGAUCGCCAUGGAGACGGCAUCCGAGAGCUGGUUGCCGGGCAACUGCGACCUCUCCUAGAGCGUCUGGAGGAGUCACUGCAGAAGGUGGACGUUUCCCAGGAGGCUUUGCAGGCACGGGUGGAGGCGACAGCCAAUGAGGUGAGGGCGUUUGCACGUGGCUACGCCAGCGCUGUUGAAUCUCACUGUCUGUCUCUGCUGCAUCGCCUUGAGGAGCUCCGUGUCCAACGCAGGAACCAGCUCCACCUGCAGAGGGCUCAGCUGAAGCAGGCGCUGCUGGACGUCCGAGGCAGCGUGGAGUUUGCGGAGAGACUGCUGGGCUCCGGCUCUGACACUGAGAUCCUGAGCGUCAAAGGAGUGACCCUGAGGAGACUGACCAGUCUGGCGGAGAGCAGCUACGACCCACACCCGGCAACUGUCGCCCCCGACGACGGCAGCAGUAUCUGCUUCAUGCCCGGGGAGCCGGCGGGGGAGCUGGAGGGCUACCCGGUGGUCGGGGUCCUCCGCUCUAAGAAAGUGGACCUCAGCAAGUGCACCAUUGAAGGGGAAGGUCUGCAGCGGGGCGAGGAGGGCAAACAGGGCCACUUCACCCUGGUGUGCCGAGACUCCACCGGAGAGCAGUUGGCACGAGGUGGAGAACACGUGCUGGUCAGCGUCGUGCACAAGGAGAAGAAAAACUGCUCUGUGAAGACGACAGUGGUCGACAACAACGACGGAUCGUACAGCGUCUCAUUGACACAUGAAGAGCCGGGAAGCUACUCAGUGUGGGUUUGUGUCAGAGCUCAACACGUCAAGGGUUCACCAUUUACUCUGAACGUGCAGAGGAAGAUGAGGCGACACAGCGGGACGUUCCACUGCUGCUGCUUCUGCUCCAGCGGAGGAGCCAAGGAAGCUCGAUGUGGCUGCCCAGGAACCAUGCCAGGGGGAUUUAAAGGCUGCGGUCACAGUCAUAAGGGACACCCCGGGAAGCCACACUGGUCGUGCUGUGGCAGCACCACCGAGCAGUCCGAGUGUUUGCCUCCGAGCGUGCAGGCUGCGGUUUCCCCCCGCGGCCACUUGCGAACCGUGGAGCUCUGAGGUGACGCAGAGACAAGACCCGUCAAGAGGAUGCACGUUAACGGAGGUUGGCGGUAACGGAAGGUUCAGGGUGGCUGGUGUGAAUCUUAACCGGGUUCGAAAAGAAAGUGACGGACAAUAUGACAAUCAGAUGUUCUUGAAUAUGGGCUGUGUCACUUUAAGGUCGUUGUUAUCACAUUGAUGUUGGUUAACUUCAUCACGUUUUUGAUUAUUUUGGUUUGAAUUAGUUAUUUGAAUGUAUAAAACAAGGUGAACGUCGUGAUUGACAACAUAGACUGAUCAUGAUUGGUCGAGGGCGUGUUUGGUAGGGACCUCACAACUGUGGCUCCCCCACCCGAUUCCUUACGGCUCAGACUCGGGCUAAAAAAAGACGUCAAAGAAACGCAAGAUAACAGCGAUAAUUUGCCUUCAUUUCUAGGUGAAACGAUCUGGAAACAGUGACCUGGAAGGAGCAGGCGGUUUCCUCUCAGAAUACAAAGUCAUUUGUCUCCAGCACUGACCACAAACACAAACCUCUUACCAGCCACUUAUUCACUCUGUAUAUCUCUGAAUAUGCCUUAUCUUUAGUGUGAGUACAAAUACAUAUAUAUUAUAUUUAGUUUUUUCUUGUAAAUGAUGAAUACUAAAGUAGAUUUAUAGAAAUCUCAAACAUGAAGAUAAACUUUUUUUCAUUUGUGGUCCAUUAUCUUUACAAUGACAAUAACAGGGAUCGUCUCGAACACUGUGACUUUGCUGCUGCUGUUCACAUUUUUUAUAUAUUUCCAUUUUGCACUGACUUUACAUUCAUCUAUCUGUUCAAACUUGAACCUUUUCCAGGUUUUGCCAGUUUAAUUUCUGGAAAUUUGUGCCUGUACAAUGAAAUAAAAAAAAAAUCACUUUUGAAAUUCUACUUUGUCAUUGGAAAGAAAGAAACAAAUAGGGAAUAGUUGCUUUGUUAUUUUUGCAGAUAUCCCCUUAAAUAAUUAAGUAACACAUUACUGAAAAUUAACUAAAUUGAAAUAUUAUAAAUCUUCAGUACAAUAGUAUUUACUUUUGAAAUUCUACUUUGUCAUUUGAAAGAAAGAAACAAAUAGGGAAUAGUUGCUUUUAUUUUUAUUUUUCCCUUAAAUAAUUAAGUAACACAUUACUGAAAAUUAACUAAAUUGAAAUAUUAUAAUACUUCAGUACAAUAGUAUUCAAGGUGCCAUGUCUUAAGGAAUGUAAGAAGUUAUUGAAGUCUGCUAUUGUCAGUGGUGAUUGAUCUUCAUAAACCAUUGAACUACAGCCAGGUACAUGACUUUUCCUGGUCCCCUGGAAACACUUCCAGUGUUGUAUUCUUUAAUUGCAGCGCGUUUCUAUAUUUACAUGUGUACUGACUUUUUUCAGCGCAUGUCUCUUCAAAUUGAUGAUGUUUUUUCUAUUUGUAUGUGUUUACGAAAUUUGCUGUGCAUUGAGGUCUCUUG